AUGGCUCUUCGCGAUGAUUUUGAGAGGCCUUCUGCAAUCCAGCAAAGAGGAAUUGUUCCUUUCUGCAAAGGUCUGGAUGUGAUUCAACAGGCUCAGUCAGGAACUGGGAAGACAACAACAUUUUGUUAUGGAAUUUUGCAGCUGCUCGAUUACGGAUUGGUUCAGUGUCAGGCUUUAGUUUUGGCCCCUACGAGGGAGCUAGCUCAACAAAUUGAUAAGGUUAUGCGAGCUCUUGGCAAUUUCUUUGGUGUUAAGGUUCAUGCUUGUGUUGGUGGGACAAGUGUUCACGAGGAUCAACACAUUAUCCCUGUUGCUUGUUUGUUAUGGUCACUAAUGAUCUUCUCUUUGGCUUCUGCUUCUUCUUUCGUUGCUUCUUUCUUUGUUGGUUCUUCUCUUUGA